UGACUGUGGGUGAUACAUAGCCCCCCCGUUCAUGAACGGGGUUACGGCAUAGGUCUGGCAUGCCUUCCUACUUCCACUUGCCAGUGGAGAAGCGGAAGGAGAUGGAGUUGCCUCUCGCCUUUGAGAAACCGUUUUGUGAGGCGAUACAGUGGCAACUGAAUAAACCGUUGAUGACCUGUGACAAAACACUGGCGUCCGAGGAUCUGACCGGCGGAGGUGGGGAGACAACUAACAAUGCCACUCCCGGGAAUCGUGGUUCGGGGAGAAGCGGUUUGGGCCGCAAAACGACGGAGGAUUUCGAGGCUGCAUCCAAGAGACAGAGAACGAACAACGGCAAGGCAAGAGUGGAGGGCAUGAGUUAUGGGGGAUGGCCAUUGGGGAGGGUGAUGGAGGAAUCAACGAGAGCGUAUUGCGACGGUCCCGACAAGGCCGCCUCCACUUUGGUGAAGGCGACAUCGGAAGUCGGUACGACGAUCGCGCCAAGAAUAGGUGACGUCACAGAUGCCAUAAGGGGGGCCAACAUUGUAAUUGAGAUGCUUGUCGGGGUUCUAGUCUGAUGGGGAGGCGGGUGGAGGUAUGGUGAUGACGAGGGGGGGAUGCAGACCCCUAUAUCGUGAAAUAGAGCCACCCGGUAA